AUGAAGGAAAAGAAAAGUUUACUUUGUCGUGUUUUACUAUCGUCGUUUUUAGGACCACAUCUCGGAUUUUAUUAUUGUCAAAAAAAAAACCCUGCUGUGGAAGGAUUAAAAAGAAUUGAAGAAUUAAAUUCGGCAGUACAAGGCGCUGGUGGAGGAGGCAAUUCGCUUGUAGAGGCGACCACAAGAGGGCCGCAUUUCGAUGCAGCCGCUUCAAAGAACGUCACAGCACUAUUAGGAAAGACUGCUUACCUAAACUGCAGAGUGAAAAAUCUUGCUAAUCGGACGAUGUCUCCUCAGGUGUCCUGGGUACGGCAUCGUGACGUACACCUACUCACCGUUGGUCGGUACACUUACACUAGCGAUCAGAGGUUUCGCGCUAUCCACCAGCCACAUUCAGAAGACUGGACACUUCAAAUAAAGUAUCCCCAACAUCGGGACUCGGGAGUUUACGAGUGCCAAGUUUCAUCCACACCACAUCUAAGCCAUUUUAUUCAUUUGACUGUUAUCGAGCCUGACACUGAAAUUGUGGGAGGACCGGAGCUAUUCAUCGAUCGCGGGAGUACUAUCAAUCUGACCUGUGUAGUACGCCAUAGCCCAGAACCACCUGCUUACAUAUUUUGGAAUCAUAAUGAUGGGAUAAUCAGCUACUCUAGUUCAAGAGGAGGCGUUAGUGUAGCAACGGAACGAGGCGAAACAAGCAGAAGUGUUUUGUUGAUUCAGAAAGCUCGACCAUCAGAUUCUGGAAAUUAUCAGUGUAAUCCUUCAAAUGCCAGACCAGCCAACGUCACAGUUCAUGUUUUAAAUGGUGAACAUCCUGAAGCAAUGCAACAUGGAGGCAAUCAGCGCAUGGGCCCCUCCAUUGGAGUCCUCGCUUUCAUUUCAUACGUCCUACUGGCAUACAGUUAAAUGGCAACAGCGCAAAACUGAAAAAAAAAAAUCUUGUAACAUUUCGUGAUUUCCAAAGCUGUCGAACUUUUUGAUAGAAUAGGGCGGCCGUUUUAACAUUUCAGAACUUCAAAAUAAUGCAUUUAAUAGUUUUUGUAUCAAAGAAUUUUUUUUCCAAUUAGGUAUAUAUCAUAUUUGCGAUGGGGUCAAAUUUUAAAAAUAUGUGGGCUUGGUUAUAGUUGAGGAAACGGCAACAUGUUGCCUUUCUUAAUUUGUAAUUUUUUUGAAAGGGGACUGAGUACAAUCUAAACAGAAAUGCUUUUUGAGUGAGGUCCUGACCCGCUGAACAAAAAAAAUUGGACGGAAAUAAUAAUUAUGCAUAAAUUUUAUGGCGGAUUUGCUUUUGUGGGCGAAUUAUAAAACAUUUUUUUUGUGUGUAUUCUUGAUUUACAUAAUCAGUUUCAUUUAAUUCAAAAACAUUAGCAGUAGGUUUUAGUAUCUGAACAAAAAUUUUAAAUAUAGGUAGGUACAUUUACAUAAACUUUCAUUUAUUUUCCGAAGAUUUUGCUAAAAUGGCUGUCCUAUAUUAUAAUACUUCAGGCUGACUAGAUCUUUGACAUGUGCAUGUUUCCCUUCAAUUCUACUAAGAAAAAAAUCACAUACCCAUAAUAUGUAACGUAAAAGCUCUCCCUAUAAAAUGAAAAAAAUUUACAAAAAUAAAAAUACCAGGAAAAUUUUUACGGUACUUAAGUACAUUCGUACAAUGGUCGGUAGAUUGUGAUAAAAUAAAACGAAAAGAAUUUGUAAACAGGCAGUUUAGUCGAGUAAAGUGUUUUUGAGUAAAUCUAAUGAAGGGGAGAAUACCAAUUUUUCAAAUUACAAUAAAUCCCAAUGUGUAAAUUGUAAUCAUAUUCAAUUGGGUAGUUGUAUAGUUUUGAUAAACUGCCAACACCCUUCAGUCAUGCAUAAUGUAUGUGUUUUCUACCAAUCCUUGUACAAGCAAUGCUGUGUAAGAUAAAAGAUGUAGCAUUUGAAAUCAUUAUUUAUUUAAUUUUCAUUGUAAGUGUAAAGACUUUUAGGGUUUUAGGGUUUUGAAUUUAUUAUUUAUUGAAGCUCUUCUUUAAAAAUCCAUGAAUUCAAGACCUAGCGAUGAGAAGUUCAGUGCUCAUAUUAAAUCUUGUAUAUACCUACCUAGUUAUAUCCUUGAAACAUAAAAUUUUAAUAUUUAGUAGACAAAUCAAGAAAGAAAUAUAUAGACACAUUUAUAAAAAAAAGGGAAGUAAUGAGGUUAGUUUGAUGUAGGUAAUUAAGUUACAUUUUAAAAUUUUUGUUCGAUAAUAUGGAAGAAGAAGAUUUGCUAUACAAAGUACCUAUUCUUUUUUGUAAUGAUUCAGUAUAGGCCAAGCAAUGAAGGAAGUUUACCUCAACAUAAUUAGAAGUUAACAUUUUUUGGGGGGGAUCGGUCCAUUUUCAUGUGGUUAAUAACAUAUUAAGUUUACGACAUUGUACUUCCAUAGGGUUUUUAGUUAGGGGUGGUUUUUAGGGGUAAUUUGCGGUUUAUGGAGAACGCUGCUCAAAGGGAUGGACCAAUAGCAAAAAGUUUCAAAUGAUUGUUGUAGCUGAAGUUUUUUGCUAUAAAAAACUCAGCGACAGCACCCCUCUAUCUUCUAUAGUUGUUUUUCUGCAGCGUCUUGAAUAGUAGCAUGUUUUUAUUCAAGGUCACUGAAUCAACGUUUUGCCUAUUCCCGUGCAUUUGAUGCAACAGCGGCUGAAUGCAUAAUUCGAUUUCAAUUUUUCAAACACCACAUUAUUGCUAAUAAAAUGCACUCUCCAAUGCUUUUUUUUUCGAAUUUUUUGCUUGAAAAUUAAGCGAGCAUGGACUUGCCUAAUGUGCGAGGAAGUUGUAAAUUACAUCGAAAACUACCCCUUUUUUUCAUUCACUGUAAUUUCUAAACGGGGCCAAAUAUUGGGUGACAGUUUUCAACAAUCGGCAGCCCAUUUAUUCCUCUCAUAAUGCCCCAGCGGAUUUUUUUUUCGUUAAUUACUCAAUGACUUAUUGGCCUGAACACGUCGCGCAGAAUUUUUCAAAAAGUCAAAAAAAAUUUAAAAUUGUCGCACAGCGCUGAAAUUUGGUAUGGUGGGCUUUAUUUAUUGUUCUUAUGAAUAUACUGCAAUUUUAAUUGCUUCACAUGACUGCUGCAACAAUUAGAAUUGCAGUAUAUUCAUGAGAACAAUAAAUAAAGCCAAUCGUACCAAAUUUCAGCGCUGUGCGACAAUUUUAAUUUUUUUUACUUUUUGAAAAAUUCCGCGCGACGUGUUCAGGCCAAUAAGUCAUUGAGUAAUUAACGAAAAAAAAAAUCCGCUGGGACAUUAUGAGAGGAAUAAAUGGGCUGCCGAUUGUUGAAAACUGUCACCAAAUAUUUGGCCCCGUUUAGACAUUACAGUGAAUGCAAGAAAGGGGUAGUUUUUGAUGCAAUUAACAACUUCCGCGCACAUUAGGAGAGUCCGUGCUCGCUUAAUUUUCAAGCAAAAAAAUUCGAACAAAAAAGCAUUGGAGAGUGCAUUUCAUUAGCAAUAAUUUGGUGUUUGAAAAAUGAAAUUGGAUUAUGCAUUCGGCCGCUGUUGCAUCAAAUGCGCGGGAACAGGCAAAACGUUGAUUCAGUGACCUUGAAUAAAAACAUGCAACUAUUCAAGACGCUGCAGAAAAAAAACUAUAGAAGAUAAAGGGAUGCUGUCACUGAGUUUUUUAUAGCAAAAAACUUCACCUACAACAAUCAUUUGAAACUUUUUGCUAUUGGUCCAUCCCUUUGAGCAGCGUUCUCCAUAAACCGCAAAUUACCCCUAAAAACCACCCCUAACUAAAAACCCUAUGGAAGUACAAUGUUGUAAACUUAAUAUGUUAUUAAGCACAUGAAAAUGGACCGAUCCCCCCCAAAAAAUGUUAACUUCUAAUUAUGUUGAGGUAAACUUCCUUCAUUGCUUGGCCUAUACUGAAUCAUUACAAAAAAGAAUAGGUACUUUGUAUAGCAAAUCUUCUUCUAAAAAACUUCAGCUACAAUAAUCAUUCGAAACUUUUUGCUAUUGGUCCAUCCCUUUGAGCAGCGUUCUCCAUAAACCGCAAAUUACCCCUAAAAACCACCCCCAACUAAAAACCCUAUGGAAGUACAAGGUCGCAAACUUAAUAUGUUAUUAAGCACAUGAAAAUGGACCGAUCCCCCUCAAAAAAUGUUAACUUCUAAUUAUGUUGAGGUAAACCCUCUUUUCAGAUCCCCGUUUCUUGGACUAGUAUAGUUUUUUGGAUUAUUAGGAUCAUUUGGCUGUAGAGUUCGAAAAUAUACCUGCAGUACCUACUUCUUUUUAACUAAUGAUAGGUAGGUACCACUGACUUAAUGGCUAGCUGGGCUCUCUUAGCCAUCUCAAGCUAUGUAAGUAGGUACAUGAAGAAAAAAAAAAACAAAAUAUAUAUAUUUAUAUGUGUCCAUUUAGUGCGAUAUCGGACGAUAUCUCGUUACAGGGUGAUGCAAGCAAAAAAAAUUAAAUUUCAAAGUUGUUUGAUACUCUAAGCGGUGCAUUAGUUAAAAAUAUUUUUGAAUAUAUAGGGUGCUCUGUAAAUGAGGUAUGCGACAGAACUUUGUUAUUUUAAAUAGAACACCCCAUAUCUUAUAUUACUUAAAUGGAUCGUCCUAAAUAAAAUCUUACAUACUUUUUAUUAAGAAUUACCCAUACCAAAACUCAACCUUUUUUGAAAUAUUUGAAGUUUUUUUCAAAAAAUCGCAGUUUGCAUAAUGUCAACAAAAACCAACAUAUUUCAUUCAUUUGAGAUCCUUGAAGCUAAAUCUUUUGCAGGUUGCUAAUGCAUAUCUAGUCAUAUUCACUACAUGGUCCUAUGAAAAUCUGAUAACACUCUAUAGGGUGUUCGCAAUACUGUACACAAAACCAGACAUUUCAAACAACCAUAGAUCAUUUUUUUAUUAAUGGAAUGCUCUUUAUUUUUUGUUUAAAUUUUUUUACCAAGCAAUAAACUUCAUAUUUUAUAAAAUAUCACCUCUACUUAACUGUGAUGUUUAUCGAGUCUCUUAAACUUUUUUCUAUAUUCUCCCUUAAAAUCCAAAAUAGUCACGUGUCAAUUGAUUUUUACGUAGGUAAUUAUUAUUUCCACGGCAACAAUUUUUCUAAUUCACAUAUGACUAUUGUGGAUUUUAAGAAAGAAAUUAGAAAAAAGUUCAAGAAACUCGAUAUUAUCACAGUUAAGCACAGGACAUACUUUAUAAAUAAGGAAGCUUAUUGCUUGGUAAAAAAGUUAAGACAAAAAAAUAAAGGAUAUUCCAUUUAAAAAAAAUGAGCUAUGGUUGUUUGAAAUUUCUGGUUUUGUGUACAGUAUUGCGAACACCCUGUAGAAUGUUAUAAGAUUUUCAUAGGACAAUGACGUAAAUAUAGGUAUGCACUAACAACCUGCAAAAGAUUUAGCUUAUAGUAUCUCAAAUGAAUGAAAUAUGUUGGUUUUUGCUGACACAUGCAAACUGAGAUUUUUUAUAAAAUAGGUAUUAAAUAUUUCAAAAACGGUCGAGUUUUGGUAAAGGUAAUUCCGAACAAAAAGUAUGUAGGAUUUUUAGGACGAUCCAUUAAUGUAUUAAAAUAUAGGGUGUUCUAUUUAAAAUAACAAAGUUCUAUCACAUACUACCCCAUUUUCGGAGCACCCUGUAUGCUCAAAAAUAUUUUUAACUAAUGCACCUUAGAGUAUGAAACAUCUCUUUGUGAUUUAAUUUGUUUUUCUUCUGAUAUCGCACUAAGUGGACACCCUGUAUAUAUUCAGACAUUUGCAGAAGAACGCCGAAACAUGUCAGAACGGGGAAACAGUGCAGCCUACGUACAACACCUUUUUUUUAGGGGUUAAAGGUAUUUUUCAAUUCACCUACCGGUGGCGCCAGAGGUUUGACAUUUUAAAGAGUAGUGAUACCUAAUUGUAAUUCUGUGCUAAUAGGUACCGUUGUGGCCAUUGGAAUUGGCACACACUUUUUGAACGCACCUCGUAUUGCAUCAAAAUCUGACUUUUUUAUCAAGCCGGUAAUUCCAAAAUUGUGUCAAAGUGAUAAGUCAGUGGUGAACUAGAACAGUUGUAGUGAGUUUUAUUAGUAUCUUUCAUAAUCAUCAUAUUACACACGCCACUGACUACUUUUGUUGGUUACAGUUUUGGCUUUAUACAGAGCGCGUUCAAAAAGUUUGUGCAAAUUCCAAUGGCCACAACUUUACCCACUACCCUAAUAAAAACUACGAACUCCAAAUAGCGCUCUCGCGCGAUUUUUUUUUUUUCGAAAUACCAAAGCAAUCUUCGAUUGUUUUUUUUUUUUGAAGACCCGAUACCUAGUCCUUGCCAAGAAUUUAGGGUCAUCUACCCCUCACAUGGUAUAAUGAAUAAUUGAAACUUGAUCAAAUACAAAGUGGUUACAUUCUAGUUCAAACUGAUUUGUGAUAAAAUGAAGAAACUAUAAAUACCAUCCUAAGAAAUAACCAUCCCUGCGUGAAAAAUAAACCUAUACCUACUCAAGAAAUUGAUUUGAAAAAAAAAUAAAUAACAAAUAGAUGUUAAUGAACGUAUGGUUUUUAUUAUUAAGAAAAGGUAUAUAUAGUAUAUUUAUAGCAACAAUUGAAUUUCAAAAUAUCUGGAAGAUCUCUUUCUAUAGUAAUGAACCUAUUUGUAACUUACUAACAUGUUAUCUAAUACAGCAUUGAUAGAUAUAAGUAGCUUGUAUUCAAAUAGAUCACCACAAAUCAUUUAGAUCAUUGUCACUGAUGAAAAUGGGAGCCUUCUUUCGUUUCUUUGGCUAUACCCACUUUUGUUUUUGGAAAUUAGAGUAGAAACUCAGUUGUUAAAAAAGUUUUAUUAGAAAACUAAUCUUUGGAAAACUUUUUUUUUUACUUGACCAAAAAGACUUAAGCGGUUCAGUCCAAUACAUGGCACCGUUUAUAUUGUUGAAUUUCUGGUUUCUAGAGUAUGUAUUUCCCAGAAAUUUAUUUAUGAAGGCCUGUUUUUGAGAUAAUAAUGGCCGUCGAGAAUGUACUUUUCCACUGGCCAGUUCGAGCUUGAGAUAAAGUUGCUUUCUCAAAUUAUCUUUUGAUUAUAUUAGUAUCAAAUAAGACAUAAAAAAACAAGAUAAAAAUCGGCACCCAAAUUUUUAGGGUACCUACCUACUAGGUAUUUAUCCUAAAAGUUUGUAACAGCUGGGUAUUCUUGAUUUACAUUUACUAGAAAUAAUACCUAACCUUUGGAUUUGCUGUAUGAAAUGCUGCAUCAAAAACAAAAUGUCUUAUUAAUUCGGAUGGUCUCUAAAUGAUUCGUGAUCUAUUUAAUCUUAGAUAUCGAUACAUCUUUCACCACCCUCAUUCCUUUUUAUAUGUAUGAUAAACCUAAUUAUAUGACACUCUAGUAUUAAAAAAGAUAAAAAAAAAAUAUGAUAAAAAUAAAAAUUCUCAAUGUGAACUGUAUAUAUUAAGUAAUAUUUAAGCAAAAUAUGGCAAAGUAUAUAGGGAUAAAGUCAAAUAUCGUUUAUUUAUUUUCUUAAGUUCAAAAACACAUUUAUGUAAUAUAAACUAUAUAUUAUUGUAAAAUGGUGUGAUAAACCCCCAAUAGAUCCCCAAUCCCCACGUUGACAACUGAUCACACCCACACUAUUAAUUUUAAAUAAAGUAAUUGAGUUUUAUAUUUGGUGUUUCAGUAUUUUAAACCCCUCAAACUUCGUUCGAAAGAAAAUACUAACCAUUCAUGAACCACUGAAAAUUAAAGGAGUAAGAGAGAUACAAGAACUUAAAUUGUACUAACUUCGUUGAACAGAGGCUGUAAUGAGUGGCAGUUUUAAAGGCGUACAAGGCUUAUCCAAGGAUUCUUCUUCAUUUUUUGCAAUUAUUGCUUGUCAACGAUCGGACAGUUUUUUAUUCCACACUACAAAAAAUUUAGGCUUCACGUCGAUUUCUUAUUGAGGAUACAAAAUGAAGCACAUUCAAGAGAAUGGAGUAGAUGUGAAAUAACCUCCCAACCAAGCCUUCUUAACGGGAUGCAAAUGUCAUAAUAAAAUCUCACUAUACUGAUACUUGAGCCAGAAGUAAAAAAAAAGCUUUACAAUCUCGCUUAAACUUAUCAUUAGGAAACCCAUUUAUAUCAUCAUAUAUUCUGGCAACAUCAAUUUUCUGACUGCAUUCCUAAGUAUUCUCUCUUGAUCAUCCAAAUUUUUAACGGCAAUUGAUUGAACAACUGCCCACCAACAA